AUGAAGCUCGCCGAAUUCUACACGCAGUGCCAGGCCGAUCUCCUCGGUACAAAUGGCGAUGGCACCAACGGCAACAAGGAUAUCAUCAACACCUAUGACGUUCUCUACCUCCUCGUCCUGCUCAAGAAUGCCAUUUGCUCGCGAGAUACGGACGGCAAGUUUUGCGUCAACAAGAUGUCCCCCUCGACCUCGACUUCGGCUUCUGCUACUGGCACCGCGAGCGGAAGCGCUUCUUCAAGCUCUGCCACCACCCCCGCACGGCGCUACAUCGAGCCAUAUAUUGUCGCACGUGGACCCGAAGACAACACCAACAGCACUUCUGGCCAGCUCACGUUGGGCGGACUCGGCGGCCAAAGCGACCAGAUGCGCAACGAUGGUCUCCCUUACCUCUUCAUGACCACCAACACGACCGACGCCGAAUUGUGCACGCACUGCACGGCCGAAGUCGUCGGCGCGUACAUUGCGUUUGAAAACGUGACGCCAUAUGCGCUCGCGGCCAAGCUGCUCUGGCAGAGGCUCAAGACGUGCAAUGGUGGCCAGCUCGUCAGGGAUAUUCUUGCCGCUUCAGUCGGCUCGGAGCCGCAGUAUAAUGCUGCGUUUGCCGGUGCGGGCGUCAACACUUGGCUCGCGGGCGGUGCCGCGCUCUUGUUUGGUGCUACUGCUCUCUUCUAA